AUGGUAAACGAGCUUACUAUGAAAGACAUUGGGCAGUAUAUGGAGAACCAGUAUGACCCCAAAAGAUUCGUCAUAAGGGAACGCUUCAAGUUCUGGUCUUCUAUGCAGCACAAACCAGGGGAGACAAUUCCUGAGCUCGCAGCAAGGAUUCGCCAGGACGCCACUACCUGCGACUUUGCCUCCAUCAAGGAUCCUCAGGAUGAAGCAAUGCGCACACGCUUCAUUUGUUCAGUGGAUAAUGAGGCCAUUUUGAAAACUCUUUUCAGGAUGAGUGAUGAUGACCUGACUUUCAGUAAAGCUGUGGAGGUGGCAAUGGAAACGGAGGACGCUGCAAAAGUGGCUAAAGAGACUGUUCAUGGUUCCAAGGCUUCCACGACCACACCUGUUUUAAAGCUUAAAAGGACCUCACCAACACGGAAUGGUGGGAUGAAGCCUCAAACACCGUUUCCCAAAGGGAUGUGCCCUCGGUGUGGCAGGACUGGCCAUGUUGCCAAGAACUGCCGGUUCAUCAAUAAUAUCUGCAGAUUCUGUCAAAAGAAGGGACACCUGGAAGCGGUCUGUUUAAAGAAAAGGAACAAGGGAUCAGUUAACCAUCACACAUCAAAAUUACCGGUUCCAGUGGUAAGAAGUAUCUCUAGUGAUGAUCCCGUUAUGCAACAGUUACAGUUCGAUGGGAAGAUAUUCGCUUUUGAAGUGGAUAGCAGAGCAAAGGACAACUUCUGUACUACAGGUAUUUGGUCAAGUCUGGGUAAACCUACACUACACCCUGCUCAGGUUCGUUAUGUCUCUGCUACAGGGAAUGAUUUACCAGUUUUGGGUACCUUUACUGUCAAGGCUUCUUUGGGGGAUUCUACAACAAGAGACACUGACAUAACAUUUAAUGUCUCCACUCUCCUGUGUCUUAAUCUGCUAGGUCGAACUGCAAUACGCAAGUUGGACAUCGACGUACGGGCGCUGAUGUGCGAGGCUGGCCCCAAAACACCCAGCAACGACGUGCAUGUCGUCCUGGACAACAAGUCUCCCGACCACGUGUUCCAGAAGGCUUGUCAGAAGGUGUGCAAGGAGUUUCCUAGUUUGUUUUUGCCAGAACUAGGUUGUCUCAAGGACUUCGAGUUGGAGGUUGCAUUCAAGCCGGAUACACAACCGAUCUUCUGUAAACCAAGGACCGUUCCAUUCGCUGUUCUGGAGGAUCUCAACACUGCGUACGACGCUGGCAUCAGGAAGGGCGUGUGGAUACCUACACAAUUAAAUGAAUCCGGGACCCCUGUAGUGCCAGUGGUCAAGACUACUUCACCAGGACAACAGAGAAAAAAGCUAUGGGUAUGUGGUGACUAUUCUGUAACCGGUUAUCAGCAUCUGCAAACACACAGACACCCCAUACCGUUGCCAGAAGAUCUGAUGCAUAAACUUGGUAGGGAUUACUACUUCACCAAGAUUGAUCUAGCGGAUGCCUACAGCCAGAUCAAGCUGAGACCUAAGAGCCAGAAAAAGUUGGCCCUCAUUACACAUCUGGGCGUCUUGCUUCAAACUCGUCUACCAUUCGGGAUAUCAUCUGCGCCAGGCUACUUUCAAGAGAUCAUGGAUCAGCUCACCAGUGAUCUGCGAGGAGUAGCGGUCUACUUGGACGAUAUUUUGGUGAGUGGUUCGAAUGCAGAGGAGCAUCUACAGAACCUUCGUGCUCUUCUCCAACGUCUGCAGGACAAGGGCUUACGCUGCAACCUUGAGAAGUGCAUUUUCGCUCAGCCAUCGGUGGACUACCUGGAGCCACUGACCUGCCCCACCAGGAAGGGAACUCCAUGGAAAUGGGGCAAUGAAGAGCAGACAGCUUUCCAGCAUCUACGAGACAUUCUUUGCAUGGACGCUGUUCUUGCUCACUUCGAUCCAAAUCUGCAGAUCGGCAUCUCGUGCGACGCUUCAGAAGUUGGGAUUGGGGCAGUACUGUUUCAUCGUUACGCCGAUGGUGCCGAACGCCCCACUACCAACGCCUCAAAAACUCUGACAGAUACACAACGCCGUUACAGUCAAAUACAGAGAGAAGCACUUGCGGUUGUCUAUGGUCUUCAGAAAUUCCAUCAGUUCAUCUAUGGUAGGAAUUUCAUUCUUGUAACAGAUCACAAGUCAUUAGUCUCUCUUUUCAGUCCCACGAAGGGUACACCUGCUCUUGCGGCAAACAGGAUUGCACGAUGGGCCCUCACUCUCAGCCAGUACGACUACACCAUCGAGUAUAGGAAAACGGGGAACAUGGGAACGCGGACGCUCUCGGCCGUCUUCCUGCUGGCGAAGACGCCAAUUUUGACAGGGAGGAGCAAGUAG